AUGGACACGGAGAGGCCUCGCUCACGCUCCAGGAGAAGCCGCAAGCGGGACCCAAAGCGGAGACGAAGCCGUAGCCGCCCUGUUGCGACUGCCGGCCGAGGGCGAAGCCCCACGGACUGGGAGAUGCCGAACCGCUGGAGCCGCGAGAAGGAGUGGAAGGACUCCAAGGAUUCCAAGGACUCCAAGGAGCUCAAGGACUGGCCCGAGACCGUUCGACAUAACCGGUGGAAUCAGGACAAGGACAGGCAGGACAGGCAGGACAGGCAGGACAGGCAGGACAGAGACCGGGAAGGCUGGGCUGGUCGUGGUGUUCGCGAGCGAGAGAACUCGUGGCACUCUGGCAGCAGGGACUCGUCUCUGCAGCCCCUGCCACGCCCCGGCUACGACCGUGACAGGCGCCUGGCGCAGGUGGAGGACGAUCCCCGGUACUUCCCGGGCGCCGAGCUGGGAAAGGCACAAAAGGCUGCCAUGGGAAUCAAGGGCAUGCACGGGCGCAACACGGCAUCUUUUGACCCGCGGUCCACGCUGGUGCGACCGGCCAUGCGAGUCGUCUAUGGCAGGAAGGGGCAUGAGUUCGGGGCACAGACCAAGCCCGACGACGUGGUGGUUGUGCCAGAGCUGCUCUGCGCUACGGGCGACGUUGGGACUCUGAACCGGCUGCUUGCAGAGCUGCAGCAGCUGCAGCUGGCGAAAGAUGCGAAAGAUGCGAGAGGCCAGCCGGAGCCCAGCGAUGUGCCAGCCGUCCAAAGCUUGGGUGCGCGCAUGUGCCAGUACUUCCAAGUGGACCCUGACUCCGCCACCUUCCGCGUGCGCUGGCACCGUGGCGACCAGCUCGUAGAACUCGCAUCCCGCAACUUCGGACCGGCCAAAGGUCCGGGAAGCUGCAUGCUGAACUUGUCCCUGGGCGCUACCUGUGAGCUGGCCUUCAAGCGCAGGAAGACGGGGGAGAUCCUGUACUUCCCGCAGGAGAACGGCACGCUGCUGCUCAUGGGCCACGAGGUCGUCAGCAGCUGGCUUCCCGGAGAGUCCAAGCAGCCGGAGCGCGACCAGGUCUCCAUCGCCGUCUCGGGACGCAGCCGCCAAGCCGUGGAAGAGACGGCGCUGUCAGACACCGUCGCCGAUGCCACCAAGGAGGGUCCAUGCAGAGACUUUCGUUUCGGCCGCUGCGCCUACGGUGACAACUGCAGGUUCUCCCACGACCAGGAGAAGCCUCUGGCACGAGAGGAGGCAGCUCCGCUCUCCUGGCCGGACCGGCCUAGCAUGCGCGUCAUAACCGUCCCGGCCUCCCGCCGAUACGCAGCCCCUGUGAAGCACGAUGACGUGAUCGUGGUUCCCGAGUUCUUCUGCAAAGAAGAGGACUGGGACACUUACUACACCCUGAUCAAGGAGAUGCGCGAAAGCCAAGCCAAAGGCGAACGCAAGGCUGAGUGGAUCCCUUGGCACGAGGGGGCCCACCUUCUCAGUCAGAACCCCACCGGCUCGGCGACGUACACCAGGGUGGUAGAGCGAAUGUGCGAGUACUUCAAAGCGGCGGAGGGCAACCGGGGCACCCGCUUCAACUGGUACCGGGAUGGGUCGGACUGGAAGCCUUUCCACCAUGACUCUGCCGCCUUCAACGAGGCGCGCGCGGCGAACCAGAACUGUACCGUCGGCAUUUCCUUCGGUGCUUCCCGCGAGCUGGCCUUCAGGCAUGCGAAGACGGGCGAGCUGAUAUACUUUCCCCAGAAGAAUGGCAUGCUCUUUUACUUCGGGCGCGAUGCGAACAUCAUCUGGCAGCACGGCGUCAACGCCCUGCCGGAUCAGGAGCAGGAUGGGAAGGGGCGGAUCUCCAUCAUCUGCUGGUGCCUGUGCCAACUUGGUGUGGAAGAGAAGGGCUCGCCAGGCAUGCUUACGGACGAGUCCCGGGGCAGCUUCAGCAUGCAUGGCAAGGGCAAGGGAAAGGGCAAAGGAAAGGGCGAUGGAGUCUGCCGCGACUACCAGAGGGGAUCCUGCUCUUAUGGUGACAAGUGCCGGUUCCUGCACAGGAACUAG